CCAGCAGUCAAGGGUUGUGGACGUGCUAUAUGUGUCCUCUCUCGCAGUCUAUACACACAAUUCUCCACUUUAUUUUCCACACUGCCACCUAGUUAUGUGAAAAAUAGAUACCAAAACCAUUUGGCAAUGAAGCGAAAACAUCGUUGUGCAUUAAAACUCAACGACAGAUUAGGUAUUUCUUAAGACGAAGCAAUGGAGUAAUCUUCAAGAGCAAGAGAUCACAAUCCAGAAGGGUUCCUUCUGAACAAGGGUGAAGCUGUGUCUAAGCGGGCACCUUUCCAGCUACUGGUCACGACGCAGCAGCUUGUACAUCAAUCACAAGGACGUAUCAACAUAGAAGACAGCAGAAACCAGAAUCCAUCAACCUCCCAUAAAAAAUGUCUAAGGUGAAGAUGCCCAAGGCAGGUGUGCCCAAGGAAGGAGGGCGACGGACAGGGGGACGCCACCUGCCCAAGAGGUCAGCGUCGUCAGCCAGCAGCCUGCAGAGGGACCGUCAGGAUGUUGUCAUCACCGGUUAUACGCCAUUCGACGCCGACCUCCCGCCUCUUCCCUCCAUCAACCUUCCCAGGACCAAGAGCGCCGCCGCCGUCAGGAGCGAAUCUAGCCGCGAGGUGCGACUCCGCCGUAGUGACUGUUCAGACGAAGGGAGAGUUGUCCGCGGCGCGUCCCCCAGCUCGCCGGCCACAGAAAUGUCGCUUCCACUCGACCAACCUCCUCGCCAGACACGGACACGCUCCACCUCCUCGACUCGUCGUCCCACUAGACCCUCGACGCCGACGGGAGCCUCGUCGCCGUCUGAAGUCUCGUCGUCUACGACAUUACUAGGGACAGAGAUGCUAGACGAGGAUGAGUUAACAUGUGCCAUCUGCCUGGAUCUGCUGCACCGCCCUCGCUCCCUGCCGUGUGGCCACACCUUCUGCCUCGUCUGCCUCCAGAACUACGUCAACUCCUGCAGGACACUGUUCACGUGCCCCUCGUGUCGGGGAGCAGCCCAAGUGCCCAGCGAGGGUGUGGUGGGUCUGCCUUCCAACACAACCCUGGCCAAGGGCGCUAGACUCCUCCGGGAGCGACGUGAAGGAAGACCCGGAGCUCUUGUCUGUGCCGCCUGCCAUACCUCCCUCGGAGUGAAGGCGUGUGGCCAUUGUAAGGCGGCGUGGUGCCUGACGUGUAGCUCAGGACACCUGCAGCAAGUGCAGGCAGACGUGGCUGAGCUGAGGGAGCGACUGGCUAGUGCCAGAAACACUCUCUCCUGUAGGAGCGAGGAGGACGAGAUGCGGCUCAGUAAACUGGAGGAGAAGAUUGGAGAGGCUGUGGAGGAGCGAGUGGCCAACCUGCAAGAAGAAGGAAAGAAACUCACAGCUCAGGUGGAAGAGCUGCGGAAGGAGAGCCAGGAAAGGUCACACAAGCUCUCUCAAGACAUAGAGAAGGUGUUGACCAGCUCUAGCCAGGGGCAACAAGAAACCAAGCUGGAGGAGGCGGGACGUCUACACUCCAUGCUGCUGACCCUCCUGAAGGCAGCCUCCACAGCCAAGGGUCCUAGAGUCACACUUGACCAGGUCAGCCUUACCCUCAGUAGCCCGUCCUCGGCGGCGGUGGAAGAGGAGGUGGAGGGGAAGGAAGAGGAAGAGGAGGAGAAGCAGUUUCAGGCGCAGGACCAUAGCCUCCUCUACAGGAGCAAGGGAUCCUUGACUAGACUGCGGUGGGGUCAGCACCUCGGGGAGCGGCCAGCGGGCGUAGCUGUAAGCCCUUGGACCUCUGAGAUCUACGUCACCGGCAGCGACACCUGCAGGGUGAACGUGUUCGACGGCAGUGGGCGGCAGGUGUCAAGUUUCGGCUCCAGAGGACAUGCUGAUGGACAGUUUCUGUGUCCCAUUGGCCUUGCCUUCAGCCACGUCUCUAAGGAGGUCUUCAUCACAGACAAGUGGAAGCAUUGCAUCCACGUCUUCGACACGGAUGGUAACUUUAUUCGACAGCUGGGUCGUAAAGGCAAAGGGUUUGGACACUUCUCCUCCCCGGAGGGCAUCGCCACGGAUCGCCACGGCAAUAUUUAUGUGGCUGACACCUGUAAUCAUCGUGUGCAGAUCCUAGACGGAGACGGGGUGUUCCUGAGGGAGGUGGGCGUUGUGUCCUCGGAGACGCUGCAGGACGGUCGUCGGUACACGAAGAGCGAGUUCAAUGAGCCCACUGGCGUCGCCGCCAGUCUUGAUGGCUCCCGGGUGUACGUGGCAGACGCAGGCAACCACAGGAUCAAGGUGUUCAACGGAACGAGUGGAGAGCGAGUGUUGAUGUUUGGGUCUCGAGGCCGCCAUAAGGGUCAGUUUGAAACCCCGGAGUGCAUCGUGGUCGACCCUGAGGGCUUCAUCGUCGUCGGCGACUCCGGCAACGGCCGCAUUCAGGUCUUCAGGCCCAACGGCAAUUUCGUCAGGUACCUGGGCACCAGAGGUAACAGCCACGGAGAGUUGGGCUGGGUAUCAGGAGUGGGACUCUCCAAGACACUCGACGUAGUCGUCACUGACUUCAAGAACAACCUCGUAGCUGUAUACUGAACCAGCUAGACACAACAACAACGCCCUGAAGUACUAAACCCGCGUGGGGUCAUUCAGCACAAGGAAUGGCGGAAGCUCGAUCCACUGUCCGCUAACCGCAGCCCGGUCUCUGUUCAAUCUACGAGAAUUGAAAUAUAUUAUCACUAAAUUUAGGUUGAAGCGCUAAAUCCGUAAGGAUCCCACAGCGCCUGGGGAAUGGGAGUUAUGGGGAUUAACAGCUGUUGAUCCGAGGAAGGGUAGAUUAACCCCCAGUUCCUGAGAUCAAGAGCCUUCCAUGAGUACCAAGGCACCUUUCCUUUCUUUGAAGCGAUGCUGCACUCUGGUGCAUAAUCAAUAGACUUAAGAGAGAUAAUCUUCAAUAAUUUAUCACUGACGGAAAUAUAAUCUGGAGUAUAAUAUAUAUGAUAAUUUUCGAUUAUAUUAAACUCACAUGAUUUCAUAUAUUUAACUCUAUAGUGCUGUAUUUUGUUAUUUGUUAGUGUGUGAAUACUAGUUUAAUUUGUUAAUUAUAUUCUGGUGGUACCAUGAUGGUGUCAUUGUAUCCGGAUGGUACCAUGACUAUCAUGGUAAGUCAUUGUAUCCUGGUGGUAUCGUGACUGUGGUGUAUCUUGGUGGUACCAUGACUGUCAUGGCGAGUCAUUGUAUCCUGGUGGUACCAUGACUGUGAUGGUGAGUUAUUGUAUUCUAGUGGUACCAUGAUGGUGAGUCAUUGUAUCCUGGUGGUACCAUGACUGAUGGUGUCAUUGUAUCCUGGUGGUACCAUGACCAUGAUAUCAAGUCUGGCUGUGAUUACGGUCAAUAGUAUUUGUUGACAUUGGCAUUGAUGUAAAUAAAUAGUUCACUACUUGUUUC